AUGAACGUGUUGUUAACUUUCGGCCAUGACCUCAAUCGCGGUGACCCUACCUGCCUUGGACUUAAUCAAUGGAAUCCCAUAGCCGAACCAGUCAGCAUUCUGAAGCUGAACCACAAUAGACGAGGUACAAACAACAGAUAUGUAUUACCAGAGUUCCUAUCAGCCUUCACGGGAUCGGAUCAAAGUUUUGCAUCAAUCAAGAGGUGGCUACGGAUAUGCUCAACGGACCAUCCUGAGUGCUGCAUGAAUUCAAGGCAUUUUAAACCAACAAGACUGUUGGAUCUUGGAACGCGAGACGCAGAUGAGAUCAGGUUGGUUGCUGGGAGCACCACUGGUCAUGCGCCAUAUGCAGCACUGAGCUAUUGCUGGGGGACUGUACCCCAGCUGAAACUCACAUCAAAGAAUCAUUCAGAACUCGAGAGGGGAAUUCCAUUUGAGUCUCUGUCCAGGGUUGCGCAAGAUGCUACUACAGUCUGUCGCGCUAUGUCCGUGCGUUACCUGUGGAUAGAUGCGAUAUGUAUCAUGCAAGGGUCUGACGGGGAUUUUCACCAGGAAGCGGCACGUAUGGAGGGUGUUUAUUCUAGUGCACUGUUUACGAUCUGUGCCGGAGCAUCUGCAGAUACCACGCAGCCAUUUCUGAGUCAUCGUGAUCCGCUAUGGUGGACUGAGUGCCGUCUCGUCGAUGAAAAAGGAGAAUCUCUAGGGUACAUGUGUGCCAAUUACUGCGAUCGCGACAACGACGUUCCUGGCAAGUUCAACCUCGACUCUCGAGGCUGGUGCUUCCAAGAACUGUUUCUGUCACCGAGAUCAAUCUACUUCGGACCCAAGGGUGUCCAUUGGAUAUGCCGCGAGGGAACCGUAUGUGAUCGCUAUCCAGGCUUUGAAAGACUGGGUGGAGUCAAAAACCACUGGAGUCUUGAUCGGGAUUCUCCCAAGCAACUGUACAAGAGAGUAGUGUCGUUGGGCCACGACAUCUCGGAGCCUGAGACGAACCUCGAACUGUGUACAGUUUGGAAGGAUAUCAGGGCCGAUUAUUCUUUAAAGCAGUUGUCGUACCAGUCUGAUAAGUUGCUCGCACUGGCCGGGGUUGCUUCCAUUCUUCAGAGAAGAUUCAACGUGAGAGCGUCAUUCGGAUUAUGGUUGGAGGUCUUACAUCAAGAGCUCCUGUGGAUUGUCCAACCUACCACCUCCGGAAACAAAGGAACACGACGACUUGACAUCGCUCCUUCAUGGUCAUGGGCGAACUUGGACAAUUGUGAAAUCGGAAGUCUUGUGGGUUAUGAUCCAGAUACGGGGCAUCGACUGCUCGACUUUAUUUUGGCAACUAUCAUCUCUUUGCCCCCUGUUGACGGUUUCGCGAUCCCCUUACAAGAAUCUGGCUACAAACACAACAUAUCCAUACGACUCGUAGGUCGCAUAACAGCGUGUGUCCAGCGUAAAAGCGAAUUGUGUCCGAAAGACUACCCAUCACGCCCUACGCAGCAGAGUUGUAACUAUUAUGCAGACACAGUUCUGGAGGUGAAAGACCUCUAUUGUUUUCUUGUAAAGAGGGUAUUAAGAGUGGUUGUAGAUUCUGCGAGCGGGGAAAACCCCAAUAGGGGACAGAUAGAAGACAAAUGCCUAGUCUUGACAUCAAUUUCGGGGUCGGAUCAUCGUUUUCGAAGGGUUGGCGUUUAUUAUGAGCGAUCAUCUUGGUACCGGUACGACGGUGGUGCACCUUCAUUCCACCCAUAUAUGUUUCAUGGGGAGCAGGAAGAGCAAGAGAUCGAGAUCAUCUGA